UCUAAGCCCUUUAGAGAAAAACAAACCAAUGAUGAAAAGAAACCAUACCAUGGCAUCCAUCAUCCAUCCUUCACACAUUUAGAGCACGAACAUCAAAAGCGAAGCAAGCAAUAGUAAGUACAAAUCCACCAUGAAGACCUUCCCCAUCAUUUCCCUCCUUGCCAUGGCGAUGACCAUAGCCACCGCCACCACCACCAUGCAGCUCGACCCUAGCGUCCAUGUGCUACAAAGGCCACAACAACCAUUUCUAGAGCAAGAGUUGAAUGCCUGCACGGAGUUUAUAUUGCAACAAUGCAGCCCCAUAUCAUCAAGUGAAUCGGGUUUGAGAGUAUUCCGGAAACAGAUUGUUGUCCUGUCACAAUUUGGCCUACGAAGCAGUGGUUGCGAGUUGAUGCAGCAACAAUGCUGUGAGCAGCUAGCACAGAUAUCUGAUCAAGACCGAUGCACAGCCAUCCAUAGCAUCGCACACGCCAUCAUCGUACAACAAGAACAACAACAACAACAACAGGUGGGUCAAGAUUUCCCACAGUCCCAACAACAACAACAACAACAACCGGGCCAGGGUACAGUUGUCCAGCCUCAACAACAACUUGGCCAGGGCUUCAUCCAACCUCAACAACUAGCUCAGCUCCAAUCGAUUAUGUCGUUGGUGCUACAAACCCUGCCAACGAUGUGUAAUGUGCAUGUCACACCUUAUUGCUCCAUGAUCACUACACCAGUUGGCAGCAUCAUUUUUGGUGAUGGCCAGUAAAAGACAAUGGCUAUAAUAAUGGAUAGAUGGAUCAUCGUCAUUUAGUCGAUGGACCGAUCGAGCAAUGAUGACAAAUAAAGUGUCAUGCACCAUCAUAUGUGUGACCCCAACUACUAAUAGUCUAAACAUGGGAAUAAAGGGCAAACAAAUUUCUGCUUUGCA